UCGUGAACAGUCGCAGCGUUGGCUCCAGCCUCCUGCGCUCAAUUCCUAGCUGGAUGAAGAAGUCGGUCUGAAUGAACAGUGAGAGGCAUCUGCGCUGGAAUAAGUGUGGAAAAGAUUAAUUAAGAGGCCGGAGAACCGACAAAUCUGGAAGAGAAGAAGUGCCGACCAGAAUGCCAACUGGAACAAAAGAGACUACUUCUUCUUCUUGUCUUCCGUCUAUUGGUGAACAGAACUAACUAGCAGCUAAAAGCUAGCUAACCUACAUUGCUGUCUUAACUGGCUCUGAAGACUCGGUUGCUUUUGUUUUUUCAAUAAUGGCAUAUUUAAGUGAGCUUUAGCUCUUAGGAGUUUGCUGUUACAUUACAACAGGGUGCUAUAGUAUAUAGUUCAGUGUUAGCAACAGUUAAAUAGGUAGACUGGGGAGGUUAAUAGUUGGCUAGUUACCAGUUUUAGUUAUCUCUUCGUGCUAGCGCUUGUUCGGCUGUUUCACAUCUCGCCAAUGAAGUUAUUUUAGUGUGCUUUUUUCCUCAACAGCCACAACGAGCUUUCGUUAACACGUUUAUGCUACACAUCAACUGUUUUUGCGUAUCGUUUCCAUCUUGGACUCAAACUGGAUGAAGUGGAUUAUUUUUCUUGUUUACACCUGAAGGCAUCCUUUUUUUUCUUUUUUUUUUUUUUGCUUUUGACUUAAUCUCUGACUCUUCAUCGCCAUGGCAGCUGUGGUCAGCUACUCGCCACCUUGGUGGGUGAACCUGCUGCACAGACUUCCCCACUUCAACUUAAAGUUUCAGCAAACAAGCAGUGAUUUCCAGCCAGAAGACUGGACAUAUCAGCAGUCCAUCUUGUUGCUGGGGGGGUUGGCGCUUGCCUGUUUGGUUCUGGACCUCCUGUUUCUCCUCUUCUACUCCAUUUGGCUUUGCUGCCGGCGCAGCAAAACCUCUGAACAGCCCAACGCCGACUGCUGCUGCACGGCCUGGUGCGUCAUCAUCGCAACACUUGUGUGCAGUGCUGGCAUAGCUGUUGGUUUCUAUGGGAAUGGCGAGACUUGCGAUGGAGUGAAUCGACUGACGUAUUCCCUCCGCCAUGCUAACCGCACAAUCACUGGAGUCCAAAAGCUGGUAUAUGAUAGUACGUCGUCGUUGAACCAGACAGUGGACAAGGAUCUGCAACAGCUUGAGGGCCAGUAUGCUCAGCAUGCAGACUACCUCUCUAUCAUCCAAAAGCUGCAGGGCCAACUGGAUGAGCUGGUCAGGCAGAUGGUCGAGAUUCCUUUCUGGGACAACAACCUAAUUUCUCUGGAAGAUUUGUCCACCAGCAUUGAACUGUAUGACUGGUAUAGGUGGUUGGGAUACAUCACGUUGCUACUCUUCGACGUUCUCAUCUGCCUUCUUGUUCUGUUUGGUCUCAUUCGCAACUCAAAGGGAAUACUUAUAGUGGUGUGGUUGUUCGGUGUCGUAGCUCUUAUUAUCAGCUGGGUCUCCCUGGGGCUGGAACUGGCUGUUUCUGCGAGCUCAAGUGACUUCUGCUUCGCUCCUGAUACAUAUGUUACCACAGUAGUGGACCAAUAUGGGGUCAUUGAUAAAGAGAUCCUCCAGUACUACCUUAGCUGCAGUCAGGAGCAAACCAACCCCUUCCAGCAGAGGCUUUCAGGGAGCCAUAAAGCAUUAGUGGAGAUGCAGGACGACGUGUCUGAGCUGCUGCGCUCUGCCACCAGAGAAUACAAACAGACCAGGGGAGGUUUGGAAGAGAUUCAGGGGGUUCUGAACACCACUGAAAUCAGCCUUCAUCAGCUCACGGCGCUGGUGGACUGUCGCAGCCUGCACAUGGACUAUGUUCAGGGCAUGACGGGACUGUGCUACGACGGACUGGAAGGCCUCAUCUACCUCUUGCUCUUCUCCUUCGUGACUGCGCUCAUGUUCAGCUCCAUCGUCUGCAGCGUGCCUCACACCUGGCGCGGCAAGCGGAGCGAUGAGGACAGUGUAGAUGAGUCUCUGAGCCCCGCCGGGCGGCAGACCCAUGACAGCCUGUACCGGGUCCACAUGCCCAGCCUGUACAGCUGUGGCAGCAGCUAUGGGAGCGAGACGUCCAUUCCUGCCACAGCCCACACCGUCAGCAACGCUCCGGUCACAGAGUACAUGGCUCAGAACUCCAACUUCCAGAACUCUCGCUGUGAAAACACGCCACUGAUCGGACGCGAGUCCCCUCCUCCCUCUUUGUAUUUGACUCCCGCGGACAGUAACAGCGGUCACUGCUGGCAGUUAAAGCCCUCGGAGAGUUCAAGAUCGUUUUGGUAACUUCAUCUGCUUUACUAACAGUACACCUCCAGUAUGCGGGCAAAGUACUUGGCCAACAGUCGACCCGAUCCCAACAACCCUCCUGCUCAUUAAGUCUCUCCACUCUCCACCAGUCUGCAGCGCUGCACAUCUCUGAAGCCUCUCCUCAACUGAUCAGUCCCAUUUCUUCUGCUUCCUGCUUGUUUUCUCUGUAUCAGUUUAUUUGAACCAAACAUGCUUUCUCCAGCUUGGCUGAAGCAGAACCAGAGGACAUGAAUCAGAUUGCAAAACUGUGAGUCAGAAGUACAGAUAUACACUCCAUUGUUCAUCUUUGCACAAUGGAUCCGGGCAGCACCCGGCUCAUUAAGGGUGCUGCAACUGAACUCCUGAGCUGAUCCAAUGGACUUGAACGAUUUUUAGCUAUAAUUCAUGAUGAUAUCAAACAUGGCGGUUUAAGUACUGUAACAUACUUUGUGUUUACGCUGGAAUCUGUAGAUAUGAUCUUUCACACUCUGCUUUGAUCUACUUGUUCCAUUGAUUAGAUUAACUUUAGCUUGUUAAGACUCUACUGUUUUUGGAGCUUGAAUCGUACUGUACUUGUGGCACAUCCAAAACACACUAACACACUUGGCUUAUAGUGACAUUCUGUCUUAAAUCUGUUGUCUGGGACCAGUUUUCCUGUGGUAUUGCAUGUUUGACCACAGUCUUGUUUCUUUCUUCUUAUUGGUUGACUUUAAAAAAAAAAAA